AUGAUAACCAUCACGCCGGCCAGAUACAAGAAGUUCCCAUCACUGACCAACCCAGUGCUAUCCAGAACACCUGAAAACCAGCAAAUCGUACAAAACCUCAAAGAGAUAUACGACAACCACUCCAAGUAUUGGGAUGAGAGAACCAGAUGCACCAUUAUCGAUUAUAUUCUCAAUCGUGACACCGAAGUCACAGAGCGCAUCGCCCGCUCCCCCCACAGACAUAAGCUCCUGCAGCGAAACAUGACAUUCGCCAUUUGGAUCGUGCUUAGAGCGACUUAUGGCCUCAAAAGUCUUGCCAGACUUCAGUACCGACUUAUUGAGAAGUAUCCUGGGGUUGAUCCUGCAUCUUUCGUUAGCCCUGCCCUGGAGACCAAAACCGGUUCUCGGGAGAAUGGAGACGAAGAAGAAGACAAUGCUCUUACUCAUCCUGCUCCGCCGCUGCCUCCCCCUCGUGCUCCAAGUAUCUUUGGGCCAGUAGACGUUUCCAAGUUCACCUAUCGUCAUGAGCAAGACGAUUCACAAAAGCGAAAGAGACUUGACGACGCCAAUUUCCAACCAUGGAAAAUUCCCAAAAUAACAGUCAAACGCGAGCCCGAUACUGUAAACGUCUCGACCGCUCUUCGCCCGCCGGCCCUUUCUCAAGUCCACCUCCUACCCACGAGAGAGAGUCGCAACAUGGCUUCUCCUGUUGACAACGCGCCCCUGCCUUCGAUCGAAAGUCCCUAUGGGUCUUUGGACUCUGAACAUGAAAAUUCGCUAUCUCAGCAAGAUAAAGAGAAUUGCAUCCCUCCACUCCGACCAUCUUUCAAAAGUCCCGCGCAAGCCUCUCGGUCUGUUCAGUCUAUCGAGUCAGGGAACAUUGGCCCAGGCCCAUCCCUUUCCUCUUCGCAAAUCCCCUCUCUACUUGAGCAGUGCCGCAAGUUUGAUGCUAAAAUCCGUAAACUACAAACAGGCAUCGAUAAGAUGAGAAAGGAGCGACAAGAAGAGCGCCAAAGCUUUGUCGAGACAAUUACAUCCAUUCGAGACGAAAUUCGAGCUGAUAUAGGCUGCAGUCGAGAGUCGACCAUCUUGACCAAAACUGCAAAAGUCAACACCGCAAUGACUGAAUACAACAACGCCGUCGGGACUUUGCGUGCGUCACUCAGCAACCUAGCAACAGAGCUGGGCGAGAAACCCGAGCAAGACAAGCCCUCGCUUGACUUGAAGAAAACCGUCGAUGAUUUGAACAAGUCUAUAGGGGCUGUAGGGACCAUCUUUGAGGCACGACAGCAAGAGUUCCGGAGCCAGGUUAAGGCCUUGGACGAAACAACGGACCGAUCCUAG